UACGGGGCCAGCGGCAUGGAAGUCUUCAAGGACCUCGCCAUGAAGGCCGGCAUCUGCAUCGCCACCUACGACAGCAUCAAUAGCCACUCCCCACCGGAGAAGUUCGACAAGGUGAUCCGGAACCUCCUACAGACGCCCACGGCCCGCGUGGUGGUGUGCUUCUGCGAGGGCAAGACCAUCACCAACCUGAUGGAAGCCACCAGGAGACUGGGCUUAUCUGGGAGGUUUCUCUUCAUCGGCAGUGACGGUUGGGCGGACCGCAACGAGAUCGUCAAAGGCGUGGAGCGGGAAGCCAUCGGCGGCAUCUCCAUCAAGCCCCAGACCUCCUACAUCGAGAACUUCGACCCGUACUACUUCGCUUUGAGGCCGAACAACCACAGUGUCAACCCGUGGUUCCGAGAGUUCUGGGAGGCCAGGUUCAAGUGUGAGCUGCCGCAGGACAAGAAUCAAAGCGUGCUUGAGGAGAUCGGACGAAAACACUACCCCAAGAACUGCACAGGAAGGGAGACCCUAGCCAAGAACUACAGUCAGGACACCAAGAUGGGUUUCAUCAUCAACGCCAUCUACACCAUGGCGCACGGCCUUCACGAUAUGCACCAGGCCCUCUGUCCCCCUGACACCGUGGGGCUGUGCCCCGAGAUGAAACCCGUAGACGGCACGGUGUUCCUGCGGCAUCUCUUCAAUGUCUCGUUCCGCGGAGUGUCCGGGAAUGAGAUUGAGUUUGAUAAGAACGGAGAUCCGUCCGGCAGAUACGAUAUUUUCAACUUUCAACUCCUCCCGAACGGCAAAUACAAAUACGUCCCCAUCGGUGAUUGGUCGGCCGGGGUGUUGGAGAUGAACGACACGGCUAUGAUGUGGAACAACGCCUCUUCUACCCCGGCUACGUCGUUCUGCAGCGAACCGUGUCCCAAGGCACACAUUAAGGAUAUCCGAGAUAAUGUUCACUGUUGCUGGGCGUGUGUGCCUUGCAAAACCAACCAGAUCAUGGUGGACGAAUUCACCUGUAAGGAGUGCGCGAAAGGGCAGUGGCCCAAUGAGAACCUGAGUGAUUGCACGGAGAUUGAGGCCGAGGUCAUGCACUGGGGAGACAUCGAGGCCAUUGUUGCCGUCACCUUCUCCUGUCUAGGCAUCUGCUUCACUCUAUUCGUCCUCGUCACCUUCAUCCGCUACAACGAGACUCCCGUGGUCAAGUCCUCCAGCCGGGAGAACAGCUACAUCCUCCUGGUGGGCAUCCUGAUGUGCUUUCUCAUGACCUUCGCUUUUAUCACCAUCCCAACAACUCUGGUCUGCUACAUCCGGAGGAUCGGCCUGGGCUUGAGCUUCUGUAUCUGCUAUGCGGCCCUUGUGGUCCGGACCAACCGCAUGGCGCGGAUCCUGGCAGGCUCCAAGAAGAAGAUUAUCACUCGGAAGCCCCGCUUCCUCGGAAGCACCGCCCAGGUGGUCAUGACCUUCAUCGUUAUCGGUCUCCAAGUCAUCAUCACUAUCGUCCUGAUCGUCAUAGAGCCUCCAGAAGCAGUCUACGACUACCCAGACCUUCGCCGAGUCCGCCUGAUCUGCAACACCACGACUCUGGGUAUCUUAGGUCCUUUGGGCUUUGACUCCUUCCUGGUUGUCUUGUGCACCCUCUACGCCUUCAAGACCCGCAACCUGCCCGAGAACUUCAACGAGGCCAAGUACAUUGCCUUCACUAUGUAUACCACCUGUGUGGUCUGGCUGGCCUUCAUCCCAUUGUAUUUCGGUGGCAGUGAGAUGCGAACCAUCGUGGUCUGUUUCGCGGUCAGCCUCAGUGCCACAGUGGCUCUGGCUUGUCUCUUCUUUCCCAAGACUUACAUAGUCUUGUUCAAGCCGGAGAGGAACCGUCGGAGCUCCAUGAAGACGUCCAGUUUGGUCCGCAUGCACGUGGGCAGUUUCAGCGAGCUGGCGCCGCUGUCUUCACAGAAGACUAAUAGCGUGAACGGUUCCUUGGAUAUUGGAAUGGGGCGGGAUCGAGUUGGCCGUAGUCCAGGAUUCAACCGCAAACGACCCCCCAAGGAGAAAGGUUUCUUUAGCGGCAUGCGGCGCCGCAAGCGCGGCUACAACCAGGUGAACAUGAUGAAAGCAGUGGAACGGGACCGAAUCCAACGACGCCGGCAGCCGGUCUACCGCUACUCCCCGUCAACCGAGAGCCAGCCCCGGCGAAUCAGCGGAUGCUUGGAAGAGCAAAUUCCCGAGCACAACGGGGCAACUAAGGCCGAGGAACCGGUGUGGCAGACAUCCCAGUCGAGCCCAAAGAUCGCUGUGGUACGGCCCCGCACGGACCAGUCCACCACCAACUUACAAGAGGUUUACAUCGAAAGUGCACUUAGGGACGCAUCAUCUCCGGGUAGCAUUCCACCGCUGUUAGCAAGCAAAGAGGAAGCACUACUACGGAGGAACUCUGGCGCACGUGCCGGCAAGUCAUCAGAUAGUGUGUACAUAGAGAUGGACCGGGAACCAGUUCGCGAUACGCGAGACUCACAGGCUGACGCGCGCGACGAGCAGAGCGAAGCGCACCCGCUCCUGACAGAUGAUGAUGACAAUGAUGCUGACGUCUCGCGGAGACGAGACUCGAGCCCGGGGCUCCGUCUAGACAUUCCUCAGAUUAUCACUUCAUUCCACGGCAGCAGUCAGGACCUGACCGAGCCCCAGGUUGGGCAAAUGCGGAACUCAACCCUAGACGCGCCCCCGGUCCACAACAAGAGGCGCGUGUCAGACAGUCAGGGUUUGCCCCGCCCCGGGGUCAACCCUUUUCAGUUUUUGCCUCGCCGUCGUUCGCACGGUUCCCUGGAGGGUAAACCCAGCGUUCCUCUAUGCAGUGCGCCGCCUUGUAAGCAUUCUCUCAAACACCGCAAGCAGUUGGCACGAUCGGCCGAGGUGCUGUGCCGACAGGUAAUUGGGUUUAGUAACCCCCUACCCACCUCCUCCACCAUUUCUUCAUUUUCUCUUACGUCCCCAUCGCAAGCACCGUAUUCCAAACCAGCGAGGCCCUCCUCUGCGAUCGACCUGGUGCCUUCGGGUCCAAAUCUCCAAGAAACGGAGCUCAACUCCCCUCCACCACCGAAGUCAAUCGCAACAGCGUCCAACAACAACAAUUUGGAGCCGACCGAGUUCGGCAAGAGGACAGAACUUGACAAUGCGCCGCCAACGGUGGAGAUGGCAAUUCGACCAAACAAACCACCCGACACGAACGCAAACACAAAUGGUCUGAUUCCAGACUCAAGAGCUGAAGAAGCGUUUCAGUCAGGCGGUGUUUGGAACGAAGCCAAGCUGGAAGAAUUGGCAAGUGGACAAAACACGCCGUUGAGGACGCUUUCCGAAAUCAGAUCGUCAAAUGUAUGACUGGCACUCAAGGCGGUUUUUUUUUAUUUUAACUUGACAGCUCAGUACGUUUAUGCUUUGUACUUAUACCUAAAACUUUAUUGAAUGGAAAUUCUCUUACUUUAGUAAAUUCCGUUACUACCAUCACCACUCAAAUCCGCCAACCACCUCAUACGUGCGCGUGCCUUCACCAAAAACACUACUAUGUAGGCCUAACAGCAAGAGGAUUUUGUCAUUGUGGCUGUACAUUUUGCGCCAUCACGUGGGUAUGGACUAUGCACCAUCGGUUUAUUAAGCUUGUGUGGUAAAUGCCAUGCCUCGAUAAUUUUCAUACCACAAGUAUAUAUAUGGAGAUUGUGUGGCUGAAUUAGUGCAAUAGAUAAAGUCUAUGCCGAUCUGAACUCUUUAUACCAAGAUCAAACGACCAUUUUCCUUGGUAAGCCUAUAAAAAGAUACAUAAAGCUGGUCAUUUGUAACGUGUGCUGUAAUUCUUUUGCAUUCAGUUUCAAACAAAAUAGGCCUAUGCAUAGGUUGCAUGAAGACACUUUAUUUUCUAAACGCAGACAUUGUAGAAAGCUUGUAUAAAAUCGAUUUCAAUGUGUUCACUUUUGGGACACAAAACACUGUUGUCAUCAGCGAAUAACGUCGCGUCCACUUACGCGAACACUUCUAACGUUUGCCAACGUUUAAUUGGCAACGUUCGCUGAGGUGGAACCGUGUACCACAAACGUUGGCGAAUGUUAUAGCAACAAAAGCGAACGGUCUGUCCAAUUCGUUCUGUUAUCUUUACCAAAAUGGCUGACUCUCUGAGCGCUACAUGCUUCUGUAAGGAAUGAAAUUAAACCUCUCUGCACCAGAAAGGUGGAUAAAUUACACACACACAAAACAAUGGUUCGUCUGGAAUAACUUUAAAGAAUUUAAAAAAGGCGUUCUCAUACACAGUGCUAGUGACAUGACAUCAGUUUUUAACAGUUAUUCCACUUGGGGUUGACACGUUCGCGGUGACUAGCUAACGUUCGUAGCUAACGAACGCAGCCAGGGUUGCUUAUAAAUGGCAGAAUCUCCGUUAGCAUUGACGUUGUCUGUAUUCGGAAUAAACCUUUACUUAAUAAAUAAAUGUAAAAUAUCUAAAAGCUACUUAAUUAAUAGUUCAUAAACAAAGAUAUUAAAAUACGAAUCUUACUGCCAGUUGAGAUAGUGUGACUAAUGUUGCAAUAAAUUCAAGUAUAAAAUGUUACCAUGA